AUGUUGGAACGCAACUUACUAAAACUACAAAUUGAAAACCACCUGAAGCAUCAGCUACAGCAGAGGCAUCAAACAGGUCCAAUUGGUUCAGUAUCAUUGCCAAUAUAUACACCGACGCCGACGCCGACACCGACGCCGACUCCGACACCGACACCGACACAAACACAGCCAUUGUCGACAACAGGUUAUAGUAGUAGCAAUCCUCCACCAAUCGCUCCCAGACAGGACAUACAGCCUUCGAGCACACCGCCUUCAUAUCCACCUCCACAGCCACCUCAUCUAACACAGAAACAACAACAACAACAACAACAACAUCAACAACAGCAACAAAUAGAACAACAAAUACCAGUAAUAGUAUCAACUGUUACUACUUUAGAUACAAUAGUAGAGGACGAUUUCCAAACAAUAUCAACCUCAACUUCAUCGGCAGUAGCAGUCGACGAAUCAUUCAUGUCAGAGACACCAUUUACUUCACCAAAGAGUCUGCCAGAUGGUGCAGACCACAAGAACUCACCCGUUCCAACUUCAGCCAAAUCAAUGUCGUCAACAACCAACAGCAACAAUGUGACUGUUACCCAACAGCAACAGCCACAGCCACAACAACAACAAUUAUUACCAACACCUCCACUCUCACCAGAGGAUUACUCAGAUCGCUGGUCAGUGCUGCAUCACAAGAUGAAGACGGUCGACAACCGCCUUGACCCAAAGCGUGGCUCCAUCCUUAUGGAGCAUCUCAGUGAAAUGCACAAGCAGGCGACAUCGCAGGUUAUUGUUGGCGAGGAAGAGGUGCACUCAGAGUGCAAGGAUUCAGACGAUACCAACUCGGUCAGCAGCGCGCACCCACCAAACGACACGGUUGUAUUGGCCGGCAUCAAACUCUUCAACGAGAAGCCCAAGAAGGGAGUUGACUAUUUCAUUACCAAUCACUUUAUCGAGAGAACUUCUGCCUCUGUGGCUGAGUUCCUACAUACCUGUAUUCUACUCAACAAACGUUCUAUUGGCGACUAUCUUGGCGACAGUGAGCCAUUCUGUAUUGAGACACUUGAAGCAUUCAUUGCAAGGUUCAACUUUAAGGAUUUGGACUUUGACAUGGCGUUGAGACAACUGCUAUACUGCUUCCGACUACCAGGUGAGGCGCAAAAGAUUGACAGAAUCGUUCAGAAGUUUGCCAAUCAGUUCUACAGAGAUAACCUAUCCAAUGGAAUAUUCGAAGAUCCUGAUGCUGUUUAUAUAUUGGCGUUUGCAAUUAUACUGUUGAAUACAGAUGUACAUAGUCCGGUUAUCAAGUCAACAAUGACCAAAUCAAAGUUUAUCAAAUCACUGACUCGUAUCAACAAUGGAAAGGACCUACAACAAGAGUAUCUAGAGGAUCUCUAUGAUAGAAUCUUGUCCGAUGAGAUCAAGAUGGACCCAGCACAAGCACAAUUCCCCUAUGCAGUAAAGAAGGGAUGGUUGUAUAUUCGUGGUAAGGGAAAGGUAACGGACAAGUGGAGUAAGAAGUGGUGUAUCCUUAGUGAGGGAUCAUUGUACUUCUUUAGAAAGCCAACGGACACUAUACCCGUAAAGUACUUGCGUCCAACCGUGAUCACUCCGCAGGGCAAGGAGGUGAAGGGAAGAAAGCAUUGCUUCAUGCUCAAUCACUCCUCGCCCUUCUCCGAGUUGUUGAGCUCCAGCGGCAACGACAAGACCGAGCAGCUACUUGCUCAACUCAAGCUCAGAGACACCCAGAAGGUUCCUCGCUUCUGGGACUCGGUGGCUGAGAAGAUGGGCGAUGAGCUCAUCCCUCAGACCAACGCCAUCCGACUCGAAUCGAUGCAGGUCGAGGUCUUGGACACAGACUCUGUGUCUUCGGUCGACACCUCCUUCUCUGACGCCUCGUCUGCCUACUGCGAAGAAGACAUGUCCAGUUCACUGUCGUCAAGCUCGUCCUCGCCCAACUCCCCACUCUCAUCGUCAGUGCCAGGUCAGGGAAACCAGUAUCUCGAUCCAAAGAAGAAGGGAUUCUCACUGAGAUUUGGCAAGGAGAAGAAGCAGCAACUGCGACAACAACAACUGCAAGGUCAUCAGGAGAGUAUGGCGUCUGCCACAGCUGGACCAAACAAGUCACCAAACAACCAUCACACAAACAACAUCAACAACAACAAUAACAGCAACAGCAACGGCUACCAGACACCAAACCAUUCACUCACUCAACCACGACCAACGACACCAACCAACUCCAAGCCUGCAACUUCAUUGAUACGCUCGUCCAGCAUAUCAACAUUCUCCACGCCCAACCCACUCAACGAGUCCACAGGUUCCACCAACAGCAGCAGUACAACCAUCUCCAACUCCUCCAAUGCCACCUCACCACUCAAGACAUCAUCCACACCGUCCACAUCCACAACAUCUACCACCAACAGCAGCAGCAGUAACAGCAACAACAGUAACAUUGAGCAACAGCUAUUGAAACUCCAACAAAAGAUGGAGAAGUCUAAGAAGCAGACCACAUGUCUGCUCAGUGCCGAGAGCAAGCGCGAGAUGGAGUCUUGGACCAGACUAGUACUAGCUCAGUUCCAACAACAGAAGCAUUAG